AUGCUCAUCUUCAAGGACAUCCUCACCGAUGACGAGAUCAUCUCUGACUCGUACGACCUCAAGCUCGUCGACAACAUUGUCUACGAGGCUGACUGCGCCAUGAUCACUGAGGGUGCUGUUGUCGUCAACACCGGUGCCAACGCCUCUGCAGAGGAGGCUGAGGAGGCUCUCGAUGACGCUGACGUCAAGGUCAACAACAUCGUCAACUCCUUCCGUCUCCAGUCCACCAACUUCGACAAGAAGGGCUACCUCGUCUACCUCAAGGGCUACAUGAAGGCCGUCAAGGCCGCCCUUCAGGAGCGCGGCGCCCCCGCCGAGGAGAUCACCGCCUUCGAGAAGGGCGCCUCCGCCUACGUCAAGGAGAAGCUCCUCCCCAACUUCAAGGACUUUGAGUUCUACACCGGCGAGUCCAUGAACCCCGAUGGCCUUAUUGUCCUCCUCAACUACCGUGAGGAUGGUGUCACCCCCUACAUCAUUGUCUGGAAGCACGGCCUCAAGGAGAUGAAGGUCUAA